AUGCGCUUCCGUGCCCAGCUCGUCGUGCAGGUUGACGGAGUCCUCAAGCACUCGAAGCGUCUCUACGACCUCGUCAUUGACAACGAUGGCAUGGUCGUCUUCAAGGGCAAUGGGUCCUUCACGCGGUCCUUUCCCAAGCCGGACAAGGUCGUCAUCGGGAAGCGCGUGCUGCGCAUCUCGCAGGGCGCCCGCCACUUUCUCUGCCGGUUCCCCGACCCGACGGCGUUUGCUGCAUGCGUCGUGUAUCUCCAGACUCUACGCAUCGCGCUUCUGGACGUGCCGGCGUUCUUGUGCCAGGACAGCAAGAAGCUCGCGAGCCUUGCGUACUGCCGGCAGUAUUUCGCGGACCCGCGACUGCCCGCGGCCAGCGCCAACGUCCAGAGAAGCUUCAACAACCUCAUCUUCAAGCGAUAAAUACCGACUUCUCA